AUGGCCACCGGCUUGUUGUGGCCGCGGCUGCAGCCGCUGCUGCUUCUGCAGCUGCUGCUGCUGCUGGCGGCGUGCAUGGUGCAACGCGUCCAGUUGAGGAAGCUGCUCCGGUGCCCGGCUACUUGCAGCUGCACCAAAGAGACCAUCAUCUGCGUGGGUUCGGCCAACGUGCCGCGGAGCCUCCCUGCAGACAUCAGCUCCUUGAGCCUGGUCAAUGGAACCUUUCCCGAAAUAAAAGAGAAAAUGUUCUCUCACCUGCCUUCCCUGCAGUUGCUCUCUCUCGCCAAUAACCAGAUUAAAGCUUUGCCAAGGGACAUCUUCGGUGAUUUAGACUCUUUGAUCGAACUAGACUUGAGGGGAAACAAGUUUGAAUGCGACUGCAAAGCCAAGUGGUUGUUUUUGUGGCUAAAGAUGACCAACUCCUCCGUUUCGGAAGUGCUGUGUGUCGGUCCAGCAGAAUUUCAGGACAAGAAAUUAAACGAAGCCUCGAGCUUUGACGAUGAAUGCACCACUACAGAUUUUGUUGUCCAUCAGAUUUUGCCCUAUCAGUCAGUUUCGAUUGAUACCUUCAACUCCAAAAACGACGUCUACGUAGCCAUUGCGCAAACCAGCAUGGAAAACUGCAUGGUGCUGGAAUGGGAUCACAUCGAGAAGAACUUCCGGAGUUACGACAACAUCACUGGCCAGUCCAUAGUGGGUUGCAAAGCUAUCUUGAUCGACGACCAAGUCUUUGUGGUGGUAGCGCAGCUCUUUGGCGGAUCCCACAUUUAUAAGUACGAGGAAAGCUGGACCAAAUUUGUCAAGUUCCAGGAUAUCGAAGUCUCCCGCAUCUCCAAGCCGAACGACAUCGAGCUCUUCCAGAUAGAGAGCGAAACCUUCUUUGUCAUUGCGGAUAGCUCGAAAGCUGGUUUGACCACGGUUUACAAGUGGAACACCAAGGGUUUCUACUCCUACCAGUCCCUGCACGAGUGGUUCCGGGACACGGAUGCCGAAUUCGUUGAUAUAGACGGGAAAUCUCACUUGAUCCUGUCGAGUCGCUCCCAGAUUCCUAUUAUCCUUCAGUGGAACAAGAGUUCCAGGAAGUUCCUCCCACACAGCGAGAUACCCAACAUGGAAGAUGUGCUAGCGGUGAAGAGCUUCCGGAUAGAAGACAGCCUCUACAUCUCUCUCACCCGAUUCAUCGGCGACUCAAGAGUCAUGAAAUGGAACAGCAAGCAGUUUGUGGAGAUCCAAGCUCUUCCUUCCCGGGGUGCCAUGACCCUGCAGCCUUUCUCCUUCAAGGAUCAUCAUUACCUCGCGCUGGGAAGUGACUACACCUUCUCCCAAAUUUUCCAGUGGGAUGAGGAGAAAAGCCUCUUUCAGAUAUUUAAGGAGAUCUACGUGCAGGCGCCCCGCUCCUUCACCGCAGUGUCGACGGAUAGACGGGAUUUCUUCUUCGCUUCCAGUUUUAAAGGCCACACGCAGAUCUUCGAACACAUCGUUGUUGACUUGAGUUUAUGAAGCGGCCCUGAGCGUGGGAACUCACGUAGGAUGAUACUUUUCACGUGAAAACAAGGGGGGGGGGAAAGGAAUAAAAGACAGAACAGAUUGUUCGCUUUUGAUAGCUAGAGAGAACCCUUGGCAUUACUCAGCAAGGUUGGGUUUGUUUAUUUGUUUUUUGGAACUUUUUAGAAGUUUGCCUAUUUAAUCAGGGAAUGCAUUAACUCGGUUAAGCGCAUGCCAUGCCAGUUUUACCCUUGACAAGAGGUAUUUUUCAAAGCCUAUUGUUGCUCAUAAUAGACGGUGUGCAAGGCGUCAGUUCUAAAACAGAUGCCAAAUGGAAAGGAGGAAGUGGAACGGCUGAGAAAGUGGGAUGAAACGAAGAGAGAGAGAGGAAGAACGGCGGCAAUGACUCUGCGAGGAAAAACGAUGUGGGUUUUUUUUUCUCUUCUUCAGGACUUUGAGGUUGAAAGCAAUUCCUUC